AUGCUGCUCGUAAUAUUCUUUGUCGUUUCUUUGCUAACGCUGGCGUACCGUGCAUUCCGGUACCGUUUGACCUACUGGAAACGGCAUGGUAUCCCGCAGUUCCAACCUGCGAUUCCGUUCGGCGACUUCGGUUCGGUCUUUCGCCAGAAUCGCUUCUACGGAGAGCUGCUUGAAGAUCUGUACCUCCAAAGCAAGCAUCUUCCACUCGUCGGAAUCUACGUUACAUUCCGCCCGGUGUUGGUCGCCGUCGACCGGGAGUUGAUCAAAGCCAUUUUGGUGCGGGACGCCGAGUGUUUCGGCGAUCGUGGAUUGAACAUCGAUGGGGAUCGUGAUCCCAUGGCGGCGAAUAUUUUCCACAUUCAAGGCGACCGAGCCAAGGAUCUUCGCUCGCGGUUGUAUUCGACGUUUUCCGCCGCCAAAAUGCGUGGGUAUUUCAUGCAGUUGAGCAGUACGGCGUUCUCGCUGGUUGGGGCGCUCGAAAGGUCCGCUGGAAGCGUUGUUGAGGUACAGGACGUGAUGAGUCGAUAUACUACCGACGGGACGGCUGCUGUGCUGUUUGGGCUGGAGGCCGAUUCGAUCAACGAUGAGCAUGAUAUGUUCAGGGAGAUGGCAAGGAGGGCGGUCGCAGUUGAUGCGUUCAAUUUGAUGUGGAUUGCGUUUUACUUUUUGGCACCAAAGUUUAAGAAUUGGUUGGGGAUUAAGUUUGUUGACUCGGUAGUGGAGAGUUUCAUGAUCAGCAUGGUCCGGAAGAUAAGCGAACACAGAGAGCGUGAAAAAGGUGAUCAGGACUUGAUACAGAUGUUGUUGGAUCUUCGAAGCUCUGAUCUAGCGCUGAAAGACGAAAUGGUAGCCGCACAUGCGUUGUUUUUCAUAAUUGAAUCCUAUGAAGCAUCAACUACGACGACUUCAUUCUGCUUGUACGAACUUGCCAAGAACGUCGAAAUUCAGCGAAAAGCCCAGCAAGAGAUCGAUUCUGUGAUAUCCAAAGAAGAAGGAGAACUGACUGUUGAAAACAUGACCGACAUGCGUUACGUGGAUUGGUGCAUCAACGAAACGUACCGAAAGUAUCCCACUUUGCCAAUUCUGUUUAGAAGAUGCACCAAGGACUACCUCGUAUCGGAACACAACAUCACAAUCCCGUCAGGCAGCACUGUGGUAAUCCCAUUGCUAGGACUCUCGAAUGAUCCGGAAUUCUUCCCGAGCCCUGAAGCCUUCCUUCCGGAACGGUUUGAAAACAGGCUAGACUACGGUCUACCUUUUUACCCCUUUGGAGCUGGACCAAGGAGUUGUAUUGCCAAGCGGUUGGGUCACCUGCAAACCAAGGUGGCGCUGGUGAUGCUGUUGGCCAAGUUUGACAUCGCGCUGGCCAAUCCGGACGAGGGAUCGGUGCAAUUUCAUCCCAAGUUCUUCAUUACAAAACCUGUAAUUCACUGA